GGAGGCGCAGAAAGAGGUUCAGUGGCUUAGAACUGAGUUGCUAUACCGCACUCAUAAACCAGUCGGCGAAUCAAGGCACCUCCAAAACGUCCCAUAUGGAAGAAAUGGAAGAAGAGUUAAAAUGCCCUGUUUGUGGAUCUUUUUUUCGGGAGCCCAUUAUUCUUCCGUGCUCUCACAAUAUUUGUCUGGCUUGUGCUCGGAAUAUUUUAGUGCAGACCCCCGAUGCUGAGUCGCCGCAGAGCAGCCGGGCUUCCGGCUCGGGGGUCUCCGACUAUGAUUACCUUGAUUUGGAUAAAAUGAGCCUGUAUAGUGAGGCGGACAGCGGCUAUGGCUCAUAUGGGGGCUUCGCUAGUGCCCCGACCACCCCUUGCCAGAAAUCCCCGAAUGGGGUGCGGGUUUUUCCCCCUGCCGUCCCUCCUCCCCCUUCCCAACACCACUUGCUCCAACACCCCGGCUCCUUACCCCCUAUCCCCCGCAACUCCUGCAUCACCUGUCCGCAGUGCCAUCGCAGCCUCAUCCUGGACGACCGGGGGCUCCGCGGUUUCCCCAAGAACCGGGUGCUGGAAGGGGUGGUCGACAGGUACCAGCAGAGCAAAGCGGCCGCGCUCAAGUGUCAGCUUUGCGAGAAGAGUCCAAAGGAAGCUACCGUGAUGUGCGAGCAGUGCGACGUCUUCUACUGUGAUCCUUGUCGCUUGCGAUGCCACCCUCCACGGGGUCCGCUCGCCAAGCAUCGCCUGGUUCCGCCGGCGCAAGGCCGGAUAAGCCGCCGGACUAGUCCUCGGAAAAUCUCUACCUGUACAGAGCACGAACUGGAAAAUCUGAGCAUGUACUGUGUACAGUGCAAAAUGCCUGUGUGCUACCAGUGUUUAGAAGAGGGCAAGCACUCCACGCAUGAAGUCAAGGCUCUCGGAGCCAUGUGGAAACUUCACAAGGGGCAGCUCUCACAGGCUCUGAACAUUCUGUCAGACCGGGCCACUGAGGCAAAGGAGUUUCUGGUACAACUCAGAAAUAUGGUGCAGCACAUCCAGGAGAACGGGGUGGAGUUCGAGGCCUGCCUGGUGGCACAGUGCGACGCUCUCAUUGACGCGCUGAACCGCCGGAAGGGCCAGCUGCUGUCCCGGGUCAACAAGGAGCACGAGCACAAGCUCAAGGUGGUGCGGGAUCAGAUAGCGCACUGCACGGUGAAGCUGCGUCAGACCACAGGGCUGAUGGAGUACUGUCUGGAGGUCAUCAAGGAGAACGACCCCAGCGGCUUCCUGCAGAUCUCGGACGCCCUGAUCCGGAGGGUCCAUAUGACCGAGAGCCAGUGGGGCAAGGGCACGCUGACCCCCCGGAUGACCAGCGACUUUGACCUGACCCUGGACAGCGGACCACUCCUGCAGACCAUCCAUCAGCUGGACUUUGUCCAAAUGAAAGUUCCUUCCUCAGUCCCAGCGGCCCCCAUGCUGCAGUUGGAGGAGUGCUGCACCCAGAACAACAGCGCCACCCUGUCCUGGAAGCAGCCGCCGCUCUCCACCAUCGCGGUCGACGGCUACAUCCUCGAGCUGGAUGACGGGAACGGGGGACAGUUCAGGGAGGUCUACGUGGGGAAGGAGACCAUCUGCACAGUAGAUGGGCUGCACUUCAACAGCACCUACAAGUCCCGAGUCAAGGCCUUCAACGCCAGUGGAGUGAGCCAGUACAGCAAAACACUGGUCAUGCAGACUUCAGAGACCGGACUCCCCCCAUGUGAUAUAAAAACCAUAGCAACAGUCGCCUGGUUCACCUUCGACCCAGCAUCCGCCCACCCUGACAUCAUCUUCUCCAACGACAACCUGACGGUGACGUGCAAUAGCUAUGACGACAGGGUGGUGAUGGGAAACACUGGCUUCUCCCGUGGGGUGCACUACUGGGAGAUGUGCGUGGAUCGCUACGACAACCACCCAGACCCUGCCUUCGGGGUUGCCCGCGGCGACGUGUUGAAGGAUGUCAUGCUCGGGAAAGACGACAAGGCGUGGGCGAUGUAUGUGGACAACAAUCGGUCCUGGUUCAUGCACAACAAUUCACACACCAGCAGGACGGACGGGGGUAUCAGCAAAGGUGCCACAGUGGGAGUGCUGUUGGACUUCACCCGUGGGAUUCUGCUGUUCCUCAUAAAUGACGAGCAGCAGGGUCCCAUUGCCUUUGAGGGAAUGGAGGGGCUCUUCUACCCUGCCAUCAGUCUCAACCGCAAUGUGCAGGUGACUCUGCACACAGGAUUGCCCAUCCCUGAUUUCUACACGCCUGGAGAACCUGAACCCCCGGGCUCAGUGUGCUAAUGUCCCCAUGGAAACAGUCCAGCGAGAGGGACCUGGACUCACACAGCCUCUGUCAGUCUGUGUUUCUGCAUUUCAGUCUCCUGUCCUCUGCCUUCCCUGGUAGACCACAGACUGGAGACCAUGACUCCCCUGAACACCUCCUCUUUGGUAGGACACCCCCAUGUUCAAGGCCUGCUGUACAUUAAACAGAGCUGAAGACACUGUUAACGGAAAGCAAGUAUUGUUUGUCCGCACUUAGCUUUCAAUGUUUAGGCUAUAUUUUUAUGGUAUUUUUGAGGGGUAUAUGGCUGAAAGUGAGUGUCCUGGGUGGGAGUCUGUCUCUUGUUAGUGCCCUGUGAACUGUCUCUGAACCUGAAAAUCCAGACAAGAUAAAAGCUGUUCCAGCAUCCAUUGGUCCCAGUCAGUCCUUAUCCAACUGUAAAAACUCAACUCAGUGAGCACCUGCUCACAGACAGUUUGGACAAAAAAAUACAUAUUAUUUCUUCAAAUCUACACUAGGUGGCAUCAAAGUCUUUAAACAGAAUCAGGACAGGGCUUACUCACUGCAGGUGCAAAAGCAGCAAUUAUUGAGUCAUUUACCUUAAUAGUUAAUUACUGAGGACUGAUGUGGACCGUAUCAUCCAUUAUUGAGUUUCCCAUGCAAAAAUCCUUUUAACCAGAGCGACAGUAGGGUAUACAGAGCAAUGCUGUGACCAAGUAGCCUGAAAUAUAAUUCCCUUUACCACCACCAGGAGGAGCACAAGGCACUGAGGAGGGCCCUACAUUAAUUUGACAUGGUGUUUUGUUUGCUUUUUCUUUUCUCUUUUGCAUGAAAUGAGAUGGUGCCUAGCUUACUUGAUUAAUGAUACCUGGCAAAACCAGUGACCUGUUUUUUUUUUCCUUUGUCAUUUCCUCUGACGUGGGGGCGCUUAAAGUGGCUAUCUUGUGAACUCCUAUUGUACCUACACAGUGACCUUUCAGUAAGUUGAAUUAAUGGGGCACCCUGCCAUCACUGGGACUGUACAGUCUGCGCAGCUUUUUCAGGAAACAGAAGCUACUUCUGCAGAACUCAUUUCUACACACCACAGCUUCUGCAGAAUGUGGCGUGUCUGAUUUCUGUCUCAAUUUAAUCUGUUGUUGCUUUUUUUAUUGAGGUUUUUUUUUGUUUGUUUAAUUUUAUUUAAUUUUGUGUUUGUUUUUUUUUUAAUUGGUGUGUCAGUUUUGGCACAGUAUUCAUGAGGUGCUACAGCAGCUGGCUUACACUUGGUCACUUUAGGUGAUCAAGUUCAAGUAGAUUUUGUACUAUUGUUCAUGAACUGCCCUUAUGUAUAAAAUGUAUAAACAUAAGUUAUUGAUGUUUUAGAGCUAUUAAUGUUUUGGCUUCUCUUCUUGAUUUAGAGAAAUUUGUUAGUAGAUUGUAUGAGUUAGAAAAGCAAUGGUUUGAAAGAAAUGGAGAGCCUGAUAACAAACCAAAAUCUCUGAAAUAUUUGCUAUGAAGACCCCCUGACCCCAAACUGUGCAUGGGAGAGUGUGCUACUUCAUCAAUACAAUACUUUUUCCAAGAGCUCUGUGGUAGCUGAAUAUGGCUGGCAUCAACUCUGUAACUGAAUAUAAGGUGCUAUCUGUAAAAUAAAACACGCAAGGUGUGCCUUUAUAAAGUAACAGUUGAUGGACCUACCAUUAUAAUGUGUGCUUAUCACCAAACACACUGUGGAUGGUGCAUCCAUAGCAUGAGGAUUCCAGGGGUGGGGAGUGUUGAUCCAGAAGCAUGCGAUAUGAGUAGGUUUUAUAGGUAUCUUUCUGUUCGUUAGAUACAUGGAGCUGGCGUAGUGUGUAAUGUCUGUUUAAUACUAAUAACCUAAUUGAAUUUGACAGUUUAAGAUUUGAGGUUGGAUGAGGACUGCGACCACCUUCCUACUCUUGAGACCCUUGAAUUCAGCUGUCAGAGGUGUACUCUUCAGGUAUAACCAGUAUAUCUAGUACUCGCUCUAGAUGUGAGUCAGUGACUGGAUGAUUCUGGGUGUCAUGCUCUUCUUUUUUUUUUUGAGAGCCGGCACUUGGUAUGUUCUGAGUUGUUUUGAGGAGGGCUGCAAGUGUCUUUUCACUGUACACAGUUGCUAUUACACUCGCCAUGUUCUAGUGUGCAUAUUAUAUUGAAUUCAGUUGAGACGUAGAGUUUUAACAUUGCGUGUAAGAUUGCAUUACUAUCUUCAAAGACAGGGAUGGAUUGCGCAGGUGAACAGAUGUCUUAGUGCUAUACAUUUGAGACUGAGCUUUUUCAAAUUAGGAGGAAUUAAUUAAUAAGAGUUGUUAUUUAACACAGUAACAGCUAUUAGACAGUAAACAUCAGACAUUCGCUCUUCUUCAUAAGGUUUAUGUAGUGGUUUAUUCUGUUUUAUCUGAAAGCUAAUUCUGUUAAGUUUGAGAUAACAGUUUUUGAUGAUCAUUCACUAACUGUUUUAAGAACCUUCAUGAGCAAAAAACUUGAGUUUGACCGCUCUGAAACUAUUAAAUAAGAUAGCUAAAGAGAGCUAUCCUGGGACCUGGGUACUCCAAAACAAGGUGCUAGAUAACAGAUGUGUUUCUCCAUUACUGUCACUGAAUGUGUUGCACACGGCAGUGUGCGAGGAGGCAAAACUAUCUUUACACAUGGUUGAACUGAAUCUUCAUCAGUGCUGCUCAGAGCACUAAUGAGGCAUCCCCUUUGUUUUUCUGUUUAUGACUCUUUAAUCAUGCCACAAUGGAGCAUAGGCACUGUUUCAAACAUGCCUUCGAAUCCUAAAAUACCAACAAGGCCACUUUAUGGGUCACUGGACAGACAGCCAGGGAGGGUUUGGCUGUGCUUUGUAACUUAGCCAGACACUGGCACACAACAAUGUAUUUUCCCAGGGUAGGAUGUCUACAGAUGGGAAAAAGAGAAAUUUGGGUUUAUGGUUUGGCUUUUUCAAAAAUAAGUUUUUAUCAUCCAGAACAACUCAUGAAUAUCCCCUUACCAUAAAAGGCAAUUUUUCUAUAUUUAAAAGUGUUUAAGGAAAUAAAUAAUAAAGAUUAUUGUUUGUAAUGUGCCGUCAUUACCUGCUCUGAAGAACAGCUAUGAGGUUUGAAGAACAAAUUGACAAGUUUGAGUAAUAUAGCAUUUGUAUUAUUAAAAAAAAAAAAGAUAAUAUACCAGAGUGAUUUUAGCUUAUUCACUCAUCUGUACUCUAAAGGAAUGGUUCGUAGCAAGACCAGACUGUAACCACUCAGACAGUGCCAAAGAGGAAGACCUGGAUGGUGCCUGAUCAUGAGACCACAAGAUCAAGUGGACUGAGAGUCUGCUAAAGGGUACUGAGACAUGUCAGUGGUCUAGAUCCACAAAUCUCUCUAUCCUACAAUUUAUCGUUUAAAAGAAACAACAAAAGAAAAGACAUUGUCGCUGGACGACAAGCGCAGUUCAUUAAAGGUGUGCGGUGCGUACGGCAGUGCCUGCGUUAUUGCGACAUUCUUUCCAGUGAUGGUGACCAUGUGCUCUAUAUUUAAUACAGUCCAGCUGGUGAUGUAGAAUGUAAUGUACUUCCUCACCUCCUUGUAACACUGCUUGUUAUUUAUACAAUUAUUUGCUUAUUAUU